AUGCAGAAAGUGCCAGACAUAGUGUCGGACGGGCAUGCCGGCACCGGCAUCCUUGCCGCGACAUCGUUUGGAUGGGUGGCGAAACAGAUCGACAUGCUGACGGGCGACAAGGGAAGAGGUGGGGUGAGGAUCGAAAACAUCAAGACAACGGGGUUGAAGUCGCUCCGGAAUAGCAUGGUGGAGUACCUCUGCAAGCGCAUCGCCGAAAAACGAUAUGCAGCGCCGACCUCUCAAGCCGCCGGACCUGCCGACGAUGCGUUUGAUGACGACGUCGGAGGAGGAGGAGGAGUCGGGGUCGGGGUCGGAGGAGGAGGAGGAGAGGAGGAGGAGGAGGAGGAGGAGGAGGAGGAGGAGGAGGAGGAGGAGGAGGAGGAGGAGGCGGUGAAGGAAAAGGACGAGGAGGGGGGAGACGAUAAGGAGGAUGCGGUGGAGGAGGAGGAAGUGGUGGGGUACGAGGUGGAGUACGUAGAGGGUACGUACGAGGUGGGAGUGGCGGAAAAGGCGGCGGGGUCGUCGGAUAAUAAGAACGAGGAAGAGGAGGGUAAGGGUACGAGGUCGGCAGAUGUGGGGAACGAGAAGGAGGAGGUCGGUGUGGAGGCGGCCUGCGAGGGGAGUGGGAAGGUCUUGGUCGACGUCGGCGAAGGGGCUCACACCAGGGGCGUGCAGGGGACGGGGGAUGCAUCUGGUCGGCAGGCAUCUGAAGACGUCGUAGAGCAGCUGCGACAGGAGAACAGGUGGUUGACGACAGAAAAUUCUCGUCUGAGGACGGCGCUCAGAGAGGAGAAGGAGCGGGUGGACAUGUUUGCGUUGGGAGUACAUGGACUCAUGGACAAGCUGAAGUCGUUGGCCGACCAGGUCGCCCUCUCCGACAAGAAUGCGGCGAGUCGGCUGCUAGACGCGUCCUUGACCAUGUCGACGACCGUCACAGACAGCAUAACCGCCAGCAUGGGCGAAGCUUGGGAGGCGAUGAAGCGCUAUGCCGAAAAGUCGUCGGCGUGGUUGGACGCAGUCGACGACCCGGAGGGGAAUCUGGCAGUUGAACGUGCGAAAGCGGUCACCGCCUUGGCCAACCACGUGGAAGUGGUGGUAGACGGUGCGAAACAGGGCUUGGAGGAGCACAUCUCGAAGCAAAUUGCCGCCGCUUCGACCAACAUUGCCGCCGCGGUGGCGCUCGGCAUCGCCGUGCAGCCGCCGCCUCCGCCGCAGCCCACGCCGCCCGCCCCAACGCCCGCCUUCCCGGACGAGCUCAUGAAGUCGUUCAAGGCAGACGUGUUGAAGGCGGUGACGGCGGCCACCCAGCAGUCAUUUGUUGUGUCCGGGAUAAAGAUCAUGACCGAGAUGAUCGGCACUGUGGCGCCUGGUCGGCGUGGGUCGUCGCCGUCGGCCAAUGACGCCGAUCCCGCGCAUCGAAGGGAGGCCGACAAGCAGGGCGGGAAAAGGGCGGGCGGAGGAGAUGAUGCGGUUAGUGCGAAGCGGAGCAAGGGAGCCGAUGGGAGCCGCGGUCCAGGCGGGUCGAGGACUCAAGGUCAGAGCGUGGUCGACCAGCUGAAGAAGAAAGGGUGGAAGGUGAUAAGGACGUCGCACAGCAAGGGCGAUGGAAGCGGGGGUGCAGAGGGUGGCCCUGCCGACGUGGUUGCUGCUCAAGAUGCGGGACAAGAAGGCCCGCCUUUGGUCGCCGAGCAGACCCCUCCUUUGGCGAGCGGUGGGAAAAAGCGCGCCGGCCGGCUAGUCAGCCGCCAACAACGAUGGGCCGGCCCUUGCGGCCACUCCAGCUCCAGCGGCCCUUCUGCCGGCAAGGGCGACGCGAAGGAUGCUGCGGCUAACCGCGGUGGUCCGUCCGCCAUUAGGGUGCCCGCAGCGGCGGACGUGCUCAGAGAAUUGCUCCACCGCAUGGAGGCACAUCGCGUGGACGAGCAGCAGCCUCGCACGGUCGAGGCCGCCCCCGCCGAAACAGCACGUCGCUCGGCCACUCCGCAGGUCGCAGCCACAACGGCCUGUGCCCCACCUACCGCGCCUCAGGUCGCCGCCCGUCCUCCGGUGGACCCGAAGUCCGCAUUGCUUCGCGCCCAGCUAGGCGUACGGAGAGCGGCAGCGCCUUCACUGACUCAGCAGGAAGCAGGCACAAGCGCGACGAUGCCGUCGGUAAAUGAGGCAGCACCCACUCCGGGUGCAGCUGUUGUCGAUGCGGGGGCGGAGAAGGGUGUGCGUGCAGCGCUAGCCACCGGCGGCGGAGCCGACAACGACGCCGACAUCGCUGCCAUCCGUACCCAUUUUGAAGCGGCAACAUGCACCGGGCACCCCCCCGCCCUGGCCAUCUUGGACACGGCGCAUGUGGAGCCAUCGGGGAGUCACGCCGGUGGUUCGGCGGAGCCACCGGCUUCUACGGCCGCUGUCGGCGAGAGCAAGUCGGAAAGGAAGGGGACGGCCGACACUGGGAAAGGGAAGGCGGCCUCUCAGAGGAAAACGAGGGCAACAACUGGGAAGAAGGAGGUGUCGGUAGAGAAAGGGAAGGAGAAUGCGGAGGAGAAUAAGGCGGUGAAGACGGUCGGCAAGGUUCAGUCGGAGAAAAAAUGGAAGGAGAAGACGGAGGAGGAAGAGGGCUCGGUCGGGGAUGGAAAGUCGGCGAAGAAGGAGAAGGAGAAGGAGCAUGGACGCAGGGGUCAUGGCAUCCGCCACGACAAGACGGGCGACGGGCUAGGGUGGGUGGGCGAGAUUAAGGUGCUCGGCGAGAAUCGGUACAUAGGCAAAUCGCGAGACAAGAUGGAGCUGGCCUACGUGCACUCGAUUGCGUACGUCGUCUACGACAGUUACGUAAGCAAGGUGCUCAUGGACGAGCUCCACGUCUUGAAGCCAACCCAACUGGAGGAAUGGAGGAAGGUGUGGGAGGAGGUCAAGUUCGUGCCGACUGGGAUGUGGACGGUGAUGUGGGCCAGAGGCGUGUGCCUCCCGAGAGAUCGGUUCGAUGAUAUACUCGACAGGUACCGUGGGUACUCGGGUUCGGGUGAUGCGCUUCACGACGUGCUCUUGUUGGCGAUGUGGUUCCCCAUCGUUCAAGACAUGGAGGAAGGCAAGGCGGAGACGGACGCAUUCAUGUCGGCGUUUGGGAAGGUCGCUGCGAGCGCGACGAGGAAGGCGGGAGAGACGGAUGAGAAGACGGAGAUGGCGGCCCAGGCGUUAGCGGCCUCCGCUUGCGCGGUCUGGUGCUUUGUCGAGACGGGGGCGUCGGUGCUCGGUGCUGUGGGUGAAGGGAAGGCGGCGGCGAUGGUGGCAGGUGCGAGUGAGAAGACGGCCGAGGUCUUCAAGGUGAUGCACGCGGUGAUCGACAUAGAGACCCAUAGGCAGCCACCCGCGGGGGAGGUUGCACAGAACGUCGCACCGGCGCUGCAGGGUCAAGCAGUGGAGAGGGCCUUCAAGGAAGGAGUUGUGGGAGUCGAAGCCGACGUGAUCGCUAGGGCGACGGUCGAGACCAUGGCGUUCUGGGGAAUGUGCCCCGUCGCCGGGCCCAACCUCAAAAAGCAUGGCAUCGAUGUGCCGUGUGACGCGCAGAUGGACUACGAUAUGGAGCACAGGGGGAGGAAGGGGGAGAAGGUCAAACAAGGCAAGGGCAGCAAGAGGAGGAAGAGGCAGACGGGCAAGCAGAACAAGGACAGUACGGAGGCUUAG